AUGGAAAUCUCUUUUGAUUUCGACCUCAAACUAUUUCAUUAAAUAGGUCAUGGAGCAUUUAGUUAAGUAUUUCUAGGAGAAUACGAUUCCAAAAAAGUAGCUAUUAAAGUACUCAUUUUUUUUAAUUAAACAGGUAAUGGAUCCUUGUUACAUUGAAUAAUUUAAAAAAGAAGUUGAAAUUUUGGAAUCCAUCAAUCAUCAAAAUUUUGCUUAAUACUAUUUUGUAUUUUAAUAUUCUAUUCAAGAGUAAAGAAGGUGAAAGUUCUUUAUAUAUUGUCUAAGAAUUUUUGGAAGGCAAAACACUGACAUAGUUGAUCAAAACUGUUGAAAUGGAAGAAGCACAUGUAAAACAAAUCAUCGCCGAAUUACUUAAUGCAGUAUCUUAUCUGCAUUCCCAAGAUAUUAUCCAUCGAGAUAUCAAACCAGGUAUUACAUCUAUUGCUAAUAGAUAAUAUAAUUAUUACGACUGAAGGAUAACUCAAACUCAUCGAUUUCGGUCUUAGUUCCCAUUCAGAAUCUAAACUCUCUUAUGAUAAAUGUGGAACUCUGCUGUUUAUGGCUCCUGAAAUGAUUUUUAAACAACCUUAUCUUAAAUCUGUUGAUAUCUGGAGCUGUGGAAUUAUUGCUUACUAGUUGAUCAACAAGAAACACCCCUUUUGGGAUCCAUUAGAAUCUACCUCAACUUUCAUUUAAAGAGUUUAAUAAUUCAACCCUGAUUUCUGUGGGAUGAAUGAUUACUAAAGAUCUUUCUUUUUAAAAUGUGCUGCUUAUUCACCUGAAGCAAGAAUGAAUGCCACUCAGGCUUUAUAACACCCAUGGCUGUCAGGCAAAGGAGAAUUAUGGCAACCAAUCACAAUGGCUGAUAUGAAAACACUAUUUGAUAAUAAGAUGAAAACCAUUUAUACUAUUAAAGCUCUGAUGAUGAUGAAAUUUUUAUGCCAAAAAUUCGGGACUAUAAUGUUACCAAGUGAAUUUAGUAAUUGUGAGUUUAAUGACUCCACUGCAGAUACCAAUACCAACUUUAAAUUAAAACUCUUAAGAAGUAGUUCUCGAAACCCCUCAUUCAUUAAAUAAGUUCGCAGCACAAGUACUAUCUUCUUUGAAAGCAACAACCUGCCAUCACCUAUCAGAUUUACACAUAACAAUAAAAGAGCUUCUAUUUCUCCAAAUAAAACAAUGCUGCAUUCCGAAUCAAUCCAAUUCGGCUAAUUUGCUAAAAGAAAUACAUAAGUCAUAAAGUUGCCGUAACAUUUUAUAUUUGAUAUAUUAUAGUCCAUUGUCAAAUUCUCCUGUUAUGAAAAAGCAAAGAAAAAGCAAUUUAAAUUUUAGAUUAAAAUAAUAUUGA